AUGGACUCGGGUUCGGUGAGCGGCGCUUCUGCCGCUAAUAACUCGAGCGAUUUUGUUCGCAAGCUCUACAAAAUGCUUGAAGACCCUUCUUACUCCUCCGUGGUACGAUGGGGAGACGAGGGCGAUAGCUUUGUCGUCCUGGAAAACGAAAAAUUCACCAAAUCUAUCCUACCCAAACACUUCAAGCACUCCAACUUCGCAUCUUUCGUCCGACAGCUAAACAAGUAUGACUUUCACAAAGUUCGACAGAACAACGAGGAGGGCGGCACAUCGCAAUAUGGCCCCAACGCGUGGGAGUUCAAGCAUCCAGAAUUCAAGGCCAACAACAAAGAUAGCCUGGACAACAUCCGGAGAAAGGCCCCUGCCCCGAGGAAAUCAACCAACCUCAAUGAAGAACAGAUACCCAUCCAGCAGAUCGACCUGAUGAACCAGCAGAUUGCGGCGCAGGCUCAACAGAUUGAGUCGCUCGCUCACAGCAACCAGCAGCUGCAGGUGAAUAACCAGAUGUUCAUCCAAGAGCUUCUCCGAUUGCAGAAGACUGUCGUGAACCAUGACCGUGUGAUGCAAGACGUCAUGACCUUCCUCCACUCCGUCGAUAAACAGCGUCGGGACAGUAAAUCGCUCUUCGCUCCAGCGGUUUCUGAUGGACAACCAACAAACCUGACCCCUACCAGCCAGAAUCUCCCCGUCGCCGAAGAUGAGCCAGCCAGCCCUCUUCAGCAUGCCUCAAAAUUACUCAGUGAUCUCAACAACGAGGUCCCUUUCAAUGUUUCUGGACUCGAGCAGCUGAACACUGCUGUGGCUCCCGCCCCAGUUCCUGCACCCGGCAACCAGUAUAGGCAAGGACCUAAUUCUGCGACUUCUAGCGGUAGCAUGGGUUAUUCCAAGAUGAACUCGGCCGAGCUGGAGCAGAUGGUUUAUCCGAUGGGUGCUAACAACGGUAUUGAUCCCAUGUACGGCGAUCACGUCAACAACAUUCCCUACUCCCUGCCCAACAAAGAGCACAGCAGCGCGGACCCACGCCAGCAUUUCGCCGAUAGUAGGAAGAAAAGCAACUACACAGAUCCGGGCUGGAUUCGUCAGCCUCGUGUUUUACUUGUUGAGGACGACCCGACCUGUCGGCAAAUUGGAGGCAAAUUUCUCUACUCCUUUGCCGCACAAGUGGACACUGCACUUGACGGCCUGGAAGCUGUCAGUAAGAUGCAGGAGGGCAUGAAAUACGACAUGAUUCUGAUGGAUAUCAUCAUGCCAAAUCUGGAUGGUGUAUCCGCUUGCCAUAUCAUUCGGCAAUUCGACAGAACGCCGAUAAUUGCUAUGACGUCGAACAUUCGAUCCGACGACAUCCAGAUGUAUUUCCAACACGGCAUGGACGAUGUAUUGCCGAAGCCGUUUACGCGGAAAUCCCUCCUCGAGAUGCUCGAGAAGCAUCUCAUGCAUCUCAAGAAGCUGCCAGACGGUAUGGCACCUCCUCCGAGCGCAGGUGUGAUGCCAUCAGGGGCUCAGUCAUCUGCGACUCAAUCGGUCCGCGACGACGCUUCCGCGGCCGCCUCUCCGGCUGGCUCAUCCGUAGGAACAUGGAAUUCGCCAAGCCAAUACUCGGGCGUUUCGCCUGUAAACCCUCAGAUGGGAAAUGCAUACAUGCCACAACAGCAGUAUUUGGACGCAAAUGCUGCGGCUUAUGCUCAGAACGGACCGCAAACGCCAGUCGGCAUGAGGGCAAUGGCCCAAGCGCCACAGGGAGCUCAUCGACGAGGAGUGUCCGAGAUGAGUGGUGGUCAGCACGACAUGAGUGGCAACAAGAGACAGAGGGUCAAUUGGCAGGGCCAGCCAGGCCACCAAGGCCAGCCGCAGCAGAUGUCGGCCCCUAUGAGACAAUGA